AUGGCCCGCAGGGGCCUUGACAACCCUCUUCCAGAGCACCUCGUCCUCACGAUCGUUGUCACUCUCACCCAGCCGACCGCGCUACAGCCAACCUCUGACUCACCAGUCGCUGCCAUGAUGUCCCGCGACGUGCUCCCUACCGCUACACCUGCGACGCCCGGAGAAGACUGUCCGAUGCCCGAGAUGACGUCGGUCAACACGAAUACGUCCUCCGUCGUGGUCAGGUCGUUGGCUGUUAUCGGCGCCGUCACGCUCGGGGUGUUGAUCUGUGCAAUGGUGGCUUUCGUCUUUUGGCGUUAUCACCGACUGCGAGCAUCGGUACUACGGCGACCAUGCAAGUCUGACGAUUCACGGUCGCGGCGCAGUAGUCGCUCUCCCACACCGACUCCCGUCACACCCUACCCUUACGACCAUCACCCCAAUAUCACCGAUAUUCCCGGACGGAAGAUCCCUACGUCGUGGUUGUUUCCCGACUACGAGCGGCCGCCAUCGUAUACCACCGAAAUCCCGAUCCUGCUCACGCCAGUUCCUGCAAGAGUUAGACGGGCUUCCGUCCUCUCGCAAAAUUCCCGGCUAUCCACGCCCACUCCAGCCGACCGGGAUGCCGAGUUUCUUCAGCAGGGCUUUGCGUACUGACGCAUCGGCGGGACAUAUCCCGAUAUCCCCUGCGUAUGAUGAGCUUGGCAAGGGUCAUUGCAGAUUAUACCCCUGGGACCGUUGUGCUAUCUGUUAAUAGCUUACAGCCACGCCGCUACCGCCUUCCCUCCACCCGACCUUGGUCGCAGCGCGACCGGUCGAAGCUCUCAAUCUUGCGUUUCCGUCGGACCGAUCAUAUAGCGCACAUUCUUUUGGACUUCUUAUCCCGCAUAUCU